CAACCGAUUAACAAGAGGGCGUCCGUCACACGUGUCACCUCCUUCAUCCUCCAUCUCUCUCUGAACCUCUGCCGUUCCCAUCCCGCGGGACUGGCCUUGCCUCUCUAUGUAGGUAAUGGACCAAAUACAACUACAAGGACCCGAUCUCGCCGCCUAACAUUUCGAAUACCAAGUUAGGACCAAGCCACUCGUUCUUCCCUUGCCAUUCGUUGCGCCACUCGUUCUCUACUUUUCUCUCUCCUUUCCUCUCCAUCUCUUCGAUCAUUCGGAAUAUUGUGCUCAACUCGGUUUGAUUAAGGUGAUUGACGAUUGAGUUGUGGAGCCACUGAUUUGAUUUUCACGGAUUCCGGAGUUUGAUCUGGUGUGCGCUGGGGCCGCCAUGACUGCCGCAGGUAGUAAUAAUCAAUUCAUCUCCGUUCAUCCCGAUGAGCUCAAGUUCAUUUUUGAGCUCGAGAAGCCAAGCUAUUGCGAUCUUAAAGUUGUAAACAAGACAGAACACCAUGUUGCUUUUAAGGUUAAAACCACUUCUCCUAAGAAAUACUUUGUUCGACCCAACACUGGAGUUAUACAGCCCUGGGAUUCAUCUGUUAUCAGAGUUACUCUCCAAGCACAACAAGAAUAUCCUCCAAACAUGCAAUGUAAAGACAAGUUCAUGAUACAGAGUACAGUAGUGCCUCCACAUUCUGAUGUUGAUGAGCUUCCACAAGAUACAUUUAACAAGGAUAGUGGAAAGACAGUAGAGGAGUGCAAGCUUAGAGUUGUGUUCAACAAUCCCACUUCAGAUCAAAGAAACUCAGGAGAUUUUACAUUACACAGUUCCACACAUAGUCCUGAUACUGACUCUACCUUACGGCGUCUAAAGGAAGAAAGAGAUGCUGCCGCCCAACAAACAGCACAACUGCAACAGGAACUGGACAUGCUGAAGCGACGAAGAUAUCGGAGAAGCGACCCCGGCUUCUCCUUCAAAUUUGCAAUCUUUGUGGGAAUCAUAGGAAUGUUGGUUGGUCUCCUCUUGAAUCUUUCCUUGUCUUCCCCAGCAACAGAAUGACUUGACUACAUAUAUGCACAACGGAAGACAUAUUUUCUUGUAUUUUUUACAAUUUCUGGGCGUCUUUUGGGUGGGAAUUUGGCAUUUCUUUAUGUAUGUUAGUUAUUGCAAGCAUGUCCUUAAUAAGCUGGUUUGCUAGAUCUUUCUUUCUUCGGACCCAUUGAUGUGUUAGGGUAGUAUGACUGAGAGUGCAUAGUCUUCUCAUUUUUCGUUGAAGAAUUUACUUGAUUGAGAUUUGUGUACAUUUUCGUGCUUUAGGAUUUAGUUUACUCACUGGAUGAGUUUGGCCCGA